AACUUAAGUUAUCAUACGAAAAAAGCAAAAAAAAAAAAUGUCGUCAUCUCCAUUAAUUUCUGCUUCCUCAACACUUGAUCCAUCUCCCGCCGACACUGUGCCGAUCACAGAUAUUCCGGGCAGCUACGGCCUCCCCUUUCUGGGCCCCAUCUUUGACCGCUACGAUUACUACUACAACCAAGGCGAGGUUCAGUUCUUCCAAAGCCGGAAGGACAAGUACCAGUCAACGGUGUUCCGGAGCAAUAUGCCGCCGGGACCGUUCAUGGCCGGAAACUCAAGAGUCAUCGUACUCCUCGACAACGCCAGCUUCCCCGUCCUCUUCGACGUCUCCAAGGUCGAGAAGAGAGACGUUUUCGAGGGCACUUACAUGGCUUCCACCAAGUUCACCGGCGGCCACCGGAUGUGCGCCUUUCUUGACCCGUCGGAGCCCAAGCACGCCGCCUUGAAAGGGUUCUUCCUAUCCACGUUGGCGAAGCUAAAGAACAAGGUUAUCCCACAGUUCACCGCCGUUUACUCCGGUCUCUUCACUGACUUGGAAGAGCAGGUCAAAGUCAACGGCCGGUCCAGUUUCAACGACCUCAACGAUAACAGAGCGGUGGAGUACUUAUUCCGGCUUUACUGCGACGGGAAAAGCCCCGCCGCCACCAAGCUCGGCGGCGCCGGCAAUAAGAGCUUCGAUACGUGGCUCGUUCCUCAGCUGGCGCCGCUCAUGACGCUGGGAAUAAAAUGGGUUCCCAACUUCGUGGAGGAUUUAGCCCUCCACACUUUCCCUAUUCCGUUCUGUAUCGUGAAGUCGGCGUACGAUAAGAUAUACGACUCGUUUUAUGAAAACAUGGAACGGAUUAUCCUGGACGACGCCGAGAAAGCCGGGGUUGAGAGGGAAGAGGCGGUUCAUAACGUUAUUUUCGUCAUCGGCUUCAACUCAUACGGCGGCUUCAAAGUCUUCUUUCCGGCGCUGUUCAAGUGGGUUGGAGCGGCCGGAGCUGGCUUGCACAAACAGUUGGCUAGUGAGGUCAGAAGGGUCGUUGACCAAGAAGGGGAGGUUUGGCACUGUUUCCUGCUUUUUGAAUCUGCGGAGGAGCUUUACCCAGCGAUAUAAUCUCGCCCUCGUCAGCUUGGUUAUCCUCACGCGAAGCUCUCUCACUCCUUCUUCCUGCUCCAGCUCUCUACGCUCAGUUUUCCUCAGAAUUGUGUCUAGGAGGUUCAUUCUGCAAUUACAACUCCUGCUUUGUGAUUCUUAGUGUUGCUGGUAUGGCAGCUGAAAUGUUGCUUUUGGAUGUGAAGCCAGAAACCCAAAGGUGGACAUGCCGCCUUACUGUCAUUGAGAAACAGAAUGUCCGCUCAGCAAAAAAUUCUCCAUGCAAGUUUAUGCCAAUAGUCCUGUUGGACUCUGCCGGGACAAAGGUGAAAGCAACUGCAUUCGAGGGCGACAUUGAAGGGAUAGAUAAGCGGCUCACAUUAUACUCUACAUAUCUCAUCUCAAAUGCUUAUGUGAAGCCCCUAACGGAACUCCGCUAUUGUGUUGAUGAGUCUUAUAAGUAUGUUUGGUCUUUCACAAGACGGACUAUGAUCCAGGAUGUUGACGCGGAAGAAGGAAAUGAUGCCCGAGAACAGGCCGAGGCAGACACUAAACAGUUCUGGGAGCUUUACACUUGUUACUUGACUGAUGAAAAAAUAAGUAUUCUUGCUGCAAUUGUUGCGAAACUACCUCGUGCCUUCAUAGUCACGGAUGAUGGGCAGAAGGUCGCUUGGGACGUGGUUGUUGUUGAUGAAGACUGUACACCAUUGCCGCUCACAAUGUGGGGAGAUUUUGUUGUUCGACACGGGAGUGAAAUUGAAAAGCGGCUGAGUGGAGGGGAAUGCCCCCUUGUCCUCAUUAGCAAAGUGGCUAUCAACCUUUUCCAAGGCUUAACCCUUUCUACGCGGUUCGACAGCCACAUGGUGCUUGACCCAACUGGGGAGCGCGCCUUGCUUCUGAAAAAAUGGGUUGCUGCCAAUGCAGCGAAAAUAGAAUUGAUGGUGGUUGACAAGAAGUAUGAGCAUGCAUUGCGUGCUAUUGCUUGUCCUGCCUCACAGCCACGUACAACUAUUUCGUGUGUAGAAACUCAGCUGAAUACGAUCCCGAUUGUGUGGGUGUAUGGGAAGCUCAACUUUGCUGACACUUCAGGGGAUGGUUCGUAUGUGGGUUGUGAUUAUUGUAAUCGAAGGGUGCAUGGCAUUGAUGGCGUGACAUUCGAGUGCUUGUUCUGUGGCCAGAAACAAGGCACCAGUGUUAAACGUUAUGUUUGCAGUGCGACCUUGUCUGAUUCUAGCGGCUGCAUUCCUGUUACUCUCUUCACAAGUGACAUUUUACACUUGAUGGAAAUUGUUUCAAUGGAUCCCAACGUCGAGCUGGAUCUGGAAGCUUUGGAUGCAAAGCUCCAAUCAGCACCGAUAAUUGCAGGUGUGAGGCGCUCAAAGAGCAGCGAAGGUGGUCUCCAAAAAAACCCUUACAGCAUUGUGCUUGUCUCCAAUGGAAAGGCGCCCCCAGCGCCUGCUGCAGCAAGAACUGCCACUUCAUCAGCUGCUGCACCUGAAGUUGCGUUGGAUGCUGCUUCUGCUCGCAAAAGAAAGCUGGACUUUAAAUCAGCCGAAGAUGUUCACUAUGCUGCUCCCACUGCUGCUGCUAAAGACACCUUACCCACCGAAACUACCGAGAAGGAGCCCCUUUCGAACGUUCGCCAGAGGAAGCGCAAACCUGCGACCGGUUAACGGCCACAUCGAACCACUUUUUGGCAGAUCUUUUGCAACCGUUGGAACAUCUUGGUUUGGCUGUAAAUUAUGAACACUACUUUUUGGACAACCUCCUAGGCUAAUUAGCAGAUUAGAUGGAUUAUGCUGAUUUAGCUCAUUACUGAACAUGUCCAGCAACCUUUUUGUUUUUUGCUCAUCUAGGGUCAUUAACCGUUGUUGUGUACAUAUCAACUAGUGACCAUGUUCGGUUUAAAUGUGCCUUACUCACACUGUAUAUAUGCC